ACCUCUAUUAGAGACUGGAGAUCCGUCCGAUAAAAUAUUCGAAUAAACCAAGCUAAAUAAUAUCCCAUUGUAAUUAGGCCAAAAACGAAAAUAAAAGGUGGAAGUAACCAAACGUGGCACGUCUCGUUCCUAUCGCCUGUCUCGGGUGCACCCUUCCCGUCAGCUUCAGGUUCGGACAAAAAUGAAGACUCCAUACCCAAAAGCCAUAAGUCCAUCGUUGACUCGAAUCGGAUGGAUCGGCAUCGGCAUAAUGGGGUCCGCCAUGGCCUCUCGUCUCCUUGCCGCGGGCUACUGCGUCACCGUCUAUGCACGCAACCCUCUCAAAUCGUUGGAUCUGCAGUCCAAGGGAGCUCUAACUGCCACUAGUCCCGAGGAGCUAGCCGAGACAAGCGACAUCGUCUUCACAAUGGUCGGCAAUUCCGAGGAUGUCCGAUCGCUGAUUCUCGGCCCCGCCGGCGUCCUCUCUGGGCUCAAACCAGGGGGAGUAACUGUAGAUAUGACUAGCAGCCAACCAGGGUUGGCGCGUGAGAUAUACACGGAUGCGAAGCGGAGGGAGUGCUGGGCGGUGGAUGCGCCUGUGUCCGGAGCGGACGUUGGGGCCCGCGAGGGGACGCUGGCAAUAUUCGCCGGCGGAGACGCCGAGGUCGUCGAGUGGCUGUCUCCGGUGAUGAACAUAAUGGGAAAGGUGAGGUGUAUGGGAGGAGCGGGAAAUGGGCAGAGUUGUAAGAUAGGGAAUCAGAUCGCCGUGGGAAGCAACCUGGUUGGAGUUGGGGAAGGGCUUGUGUUCGCCGAGAAGGCUGGUCUUGAUCCGUUGAGAUGGCUGGAGGCAGUGAAGGGAGGCGGCGCAGGCUCCACCAUCAUGCGGCUUUUCGGGGAGAAGAUGGCGGAGAGGGAUUACAUACCGACAGCGUUUGCAGAGUAUAUGGCGAAGGAUCUGGGAAUGGCGGUGGCUCAAGGGGACGUGGCGCUGCCUGGAGCUGCUCUCAACAAGCUUCUCUUCUCUGGGAUGGUUGCUAAUGGAGAUGGGAAGCUCGGUUUUCAUGCCAUCGUCUCUGUUGUUAGGAGGCUUAAUGCCCUUCCUUAACGGAUUCAUGUUACAAUAUCCUAAAUUGGACUACUGAAACGUCAGUCAUUCCAUUCGCAAAUAAACCAUAGAUUUCUAUUUCAGUUAAUAUCCAUAUGUGAUAUUCGUGAUGCAUUAUGAAUUUAUGAACAGAUACAACACAUUAACACAUCACUUCUCUUCCUUCUCGUAAUAUU